CCCGGCGUGCUAGGUCGCCUAACUAGUCGACCUAGUCGCCCACACGCACCCCCACACCUCUCGGAAAUAGCCUAAGCCGGCAAUACCAACUCGCCUACCCCACGCGUGCUAGGUCGCCUAACCCGUCGACCUACUCGCCUACACGGGAUCCCCACACACCAUUGGAAAUCGACCUUAGCCGGCAAUACCAACUCGCCUCCCCCGGCCUGCUAUGUCGCCUACCCAGUCGACCUAGUCGCCCACACGCAGCCCCCUAAAAAUCGCCUAAGCCGGCAAUGCCAACUCGCCUACCCACGACGUGCUAGGUCGCCUAACCAGUCGACCUAGUCGCCCACACGCACUCCCCACACCUCUCGGAAAUAGCCUAAGCCGGCAAUACCAACUCGCCUCCCCCAGCCUGCUAUGUCGCCUACCCAGUCGACGUAGUCGCCCACACGCAGCCCCCCAAAAUCGCCUAAGCCGGCAAUACCAACUCGCCUACCCACGACGUGCUAGGUCGCCUAACCAGUCGACCUAGUCGCCCACACGCACUCCCCACACCUCUCGGAAAUAGCCUAAGCCGGCAAUACCAACUCGCCUAACCCCGGCGUGCUAGGUCGCCUAACCAGUAGACCUAGUCGCCCACACGGGACCCCCACACCCCAUCGGAAAUCAACCUCAGCCGAGAAGGCUUUUUUCUUUUCAUUUUUACGUUGGCAUGGAAGGCUGUCAGUACUAUGGUGGAUUUAAUUUCCAAGAAAAUCCUUUGGUAUGAUGUUGCCUCCUCUUUCAACCUUGCCAUUGGCAUCCUAGUAAAUAAUAGGAGUAUGUAGAUAGUGUGAAGUAUUCGUAUAGGCAAAGACUAAAGAGGUUGUGAUUCUGUUAUACUGUUUGUCCACCUACUGCAGAACCUCAUGAUUCAUACAAUUUCAUUGUGAAUUGCCUGGAGAGGUUUCCGCAGUACAAGUACCGUGAUUUCUACAUUGCAGGAGAGUCAUAGUUUACUCUUUUUUGCUGCUAUAAUUGGUUUGAGGAAGCACAUCCUGAACCUGAAAGGCUUGUAUCUGACCUGUAAUUGCUUUACAGGAUUUCAGAAAUCACCAAAAUCAAACCAAACUCAGUGAGCAGCUUUUACAGGGUUGCAUGAAUUUUUUCUACUACUAGUUUUCAGGCUUUUUUCGCCUGGCUACUUUUGUGUUUUUCUAAGCAACUAGACUUUACUACAAGUUUUUUUUUGUAAGCAACUACAAAUAAAUUAUUGACCAGCUUUUACUAUACACAGAUUACUAACACAAAUAACUCUGCUUCUUUUCUCUUCUUUUUAGCAGAAACAAAGGUGCAAGACAAUAGAGAAGAUAGAAUUCAAGAUUCAGCAACUUUUAUCUACCAUCCAGUUCUACAAGGCACGGGGAUGCAAGUUCAUGGCCAAAAUAAUUGGAACAACACUUUUACCUUUGCUGUUUUUCACUGGGAGAAACUUGCCCAGCUCUGCCAAUAUUUUUGCCCAAUAUUCACCAGAAAUUUUGCCUGAUCAGCAUGAAGAGUUGCAGAUACAAUUACGUUUUCAGAAUUUCCCCAUGAUCUUUUGCCUUGUUUUCGUCUCUAUUUUACUCUGUUUUUUCGCUGUGGGAGGAGAGCUCCACAACGCUAGGCCAUUGCGUCCAGCGGUGGCUGGGGAAGGAGUUGUACGGGGGAUCUGGCUGGUGGGCGUAGGAUUUUUUGUGCUGGAUGGAGGGGAGGAUCACGUGAGGGAAAGGAUGGCUGGUUGUCAGGACGUGGCAACAAGAUGGGGAAGCUGGACUUGCCUUCUUUAGCACGUGGGGUGGGGGACCGACAGGGCACUUUCCUUAAUUGCCGGCCGCGAGAUACGCUACGCGGGCGCUGUGUAGCAGCGUCCUUCAUUUUUUCCAUUCAAUUAUCGCAAUGCUUGUAAAAUUAACCUUUUGAUGACCACAAGGUUCUCUGCGGUGGCGGUGCCGUUGAAGCGCGGCGGAUGUGUACUUGCAGCUGCAUCGGCGGCAGGGGCAGGGAGCCCUCACUUCGGCAGUGGGGAGAAUGAUAACCCGUACGAGAUUUUGGGCAUCAAUCCGCUUGAUGGGUUCGACCAGGUGAAGAUGGCCUACAAUUGGCGUCGAAAGAACGCCGAGAACAGUGGGGAUGCUGCAUACUUGUUGAAGUUAGAGAGGGCUUAUGAUACGGUCAUGAUGGAACAGCUGCAAAACCGGAAGAAAGGUGUGGCAUAUGGAUCAGUCCAGGAGGAAGCGGACCAUACAGACCAGGGGCGACUGAAUGCCAGGGGCGACACGGGCGGCACGGUGUUGCCCGCGGCGAUCGCUGCCAUCCGGAUGCCGGCGCCCGUCGCUCCUGGUGCUAGGCAAGUCGGAGGGAGAUUCUGGGCUCUCGCCGAAUCUGAUGAAGAGGAGGACGACGAUGGAGAUGGCUCCGGCGUCACGUCCGAUGGUUACUCGCUGACGACUUCGGACGUGAUUUGUGAAGCUUUCAACCCUGGGUAUUCGGAGGAGGAAGUGGCUACAAUCGUCGAGGGAGUCGUGCCGAUUGACGAUCCGGCGCGGCAAGGUCUUCAUCCGGAGGAAAACGUGGAGGUGGUUUGCCGGAUUGUUCAUCGGAGGACGGCGACUUCUGCGAUCCGGCCAUGGAAAGGUCCCUUACCUAAGGUGACAAAGGACAUCAAAUAUGCUGAUAAUCAACCAAUAGUUCCCUGGGGACCUAGAUACUCUAGAGCCACUGCAAAGGACGUACAAAUAAAUAUGGCAAUAUCAGCAACAUUUAUCACGUGCAUAUUGACCAUGGGCCAUGCAGACUGGAAACCCUUGCAGUUUUUGUGUUUUGCUUAUUUCUAUCGAAUACUUGAGAAACUGAAGUCUACCGAGCCAGCAAUAACUCCUGUAUACAAUGAGUACGGUGAGGUUGAAGGCCGAGGUAUACAUAUGGCAAAGCGAGUGCUUCGUAGUUUGGGUUUGGUACUUGGAUCGAUAUUUGCUGCAUCCCUGGGUUAUACCGGACUGGCCAAUUUCUCCCAGUUUCUUGGUCACUAUAUUCCCUCUCUUGUUUAUAACUUCCAGGAGUUGAUUGUGACCACAGCUUCAUCUGUUCUGCUUUGCAUAUUGGCUACGUACUACCGAUAGCGAUUGUGCUGGACUGCCCCCUUGUUUUGCAGUCCUGAUACAUUGACACUCAAUCAUCUUCAUCUUCAUCUUCAGUUCUUCACAAAGGGGUUGUGCUCGAUAACUACAUGCAUACUCUGUCGCGGAAACCCAAAGCUGUGAGAAAUUUACUCUUAUGUCUGGAAAUUUGCACAGCAGAUAAGAUGUCGCUGUCCAACGGUUCUGGAGCUGAAAUCAGCAUACAAGAGAGAAACGGCUAACAGAAGAAUUUAUCAUGCGGCGCUGACGAUGU